AUGAACUCAAGUUGGGAACAAAAUGCUAGUGCUGCGAAUGAUUCUGGUGACUGGGGAGGCUGGGGUAGUGGAGUUAGAGCUGCUGCAAAGCCAGCAGAUCAAGAUAAUUCAUGGGAAGGGCAUGCUAAGGUGCUGGACAAUUCCACUGAUUGGGGAGGCUGGAAUAGUGGAGGUGGAGCGGCUGCAAAGCCAGCAGAUCAAGAUAAUUCAUGGGAAGUGCAUGCUAAGAAACAGCAGCAACAACCAUCCAGCAUGCAGCAACAGCAAAGAGCAGCAAGCCUGCAAAAGGGCUUAUUAAAAUAG